CGCGGUUCCAGCAGUCGUCCGUCGCAUGAAUUCUCUCACCAACAAGUAGGCUCCUCAGUCCUCACCCCUCCAUUUUCAUGUCAUGUGUUAGAGAGAGGGAGAGAGAGAGAGAGAAAGAGAGGGAGAGGAUCCGACCUCCAAAAUCAUAUGUUCGAGGAGGCUGAGAGAGGCUUUCCGUUACUUCUUUACCUUCUUCCUUUUUUCUUUUGAGUGGUAUUGAUGGCAUCCUUCACUUCACGCUGCCAUUGUCCAAUCCGUUGUAUCUCCUUUCUCCAUUUAAAUACCACAAAUGCAACAUCCUGUGGAGUCUGAAAAAUGGUUGCUGUCAUAUGGAGAGAUGCCCAUUUGAUGGUCGUUCUGCAUUGGUCUUUUAUAGGACUCUUGAUCGAAGCCCCUCGUCGAGCUUUGGCUUCUGGGUAGCCAGAUUUCUUCGGGUUUUUGCUUGUGGCACUAGCUGUUUGUCUAGAAAUAGCGCCAUUGUCAUACGGAGCUUCGCCUCAGCUAACGUCCGAAAGGCGGGCUCAAGUGGUCUGCGAAGAUAUCCUCUUACUAUAAUGGAUGGAUUGGUAGAAAAGAAGGGGGAAGUCGAGGGAGGGAGAAGUAUGUCGGUGUCUAAUGGGAGUGAUGAAUUUAGAGAGAGUGGGUCUAGCUGUGAGAGCUCAACGACGUGUUGUGGGACUAGUGAGGAGCAGAGUUGCUCGGAGGAGUCGCCCCCUAUAGGAUGGCCAAUCGGGAAGACUGAAGCAAGCUGUGGCUCGGUUGGUGUUGGUGUUGGACAGAAAGAGGAGAUUCAUGCUUCAGAAGAAAAGAAAGAGAAGAUUGAUGAGAAAAUUUCAGAAACUGAGAUGAUGAAAGAAAGAUUUUCAAAAUUACUGCUCGGGGAAGACAUGUCAGGUAGCGGAAAGGGUGUUUGUACCGCUCUGGCUAUCUCCAAUGCCAUUACGAAUCUUUGUGCUACUAUUUUUGGGCAAUUGUGGCGAUUAGAACCGCUGUCUCCUGAGAAAAAAUCAAUGUGGCGCAGAGAAAUGGAGUGGCUUGUCUGUGUCAGCGAUCACAUUGUUGAAUUAAUCCCUUCCUGGCAAACAUUUCCUGAUGGAACUAAUUUGGAGGUAAUGACGUGCAGGCCGCGUUCAGAUCUUUAUAUGAAUCUUCCUGCUCUGAAGAAACUUGACAAUAUGCUGCUUGAAAUACUGGACAGUUUCAGCGACACGGAAUUCUGGUAUGUUGAUCAAGGUAUUGUAGCGCCUGAUGAUAAUUCCGGAUCUUACCCAAGAUCUGGCAGACGCCAAGAGGAGAAAUGGUGGCUACCUGUCCCCAGAGUUCCUCCUUGUGGUCUUCAUGAGAAAUCAAGGAAGGAAUUGCAGCACAGACGUGAAUGCACAAACCAGAUACUUAAAGCUGCCAUGUCUAUAAACAGUAGCGCUCUUGCUGAAAUGGAGAUUCCUGAAAGCUAUCUAGAAUCUCUUCCUAAGAAUGGAAGAUCAAGUCUAGGAGAUGUAAUCCAUAGAUAUAUUACUUCGGACCAGUUCUCUCCCGAGUGCCUUCUUGAUUGCUUGGACUUGUCUUCCGAACACCAAGCGCUUGAAAUUGCAAACCGUGUCGAGACAUCCAUUUAUGUAUGGAGAAAAAGGACAAGCACCAAGCCUGCAGCCACCACUAAUCGUUCUAAUUCAAGAUCUUCAUGGGACAUGGUUCGAGACCUGAUGCUGGACGCAGAUAAACGAGGACUACUUGCAGGAAGAGCUGAAAGCCUCUUGCUUUGCUUGAAGCAGAGAUUCCCUGGUCUUUCACAAACUACCUUGGAUAUGAGCAAAAUUCAGUAUAACAAGGAUGUUGGGCAGUCCAUUCUAGAGAGCUACUCUAGGGUUCUAGAGAGCUUGUCAUUCAACAUCAUUGCUCGAAUAGAUGAUGUUCUCUAUGUAGAUGACAUGACCAAACAUGCCGAUCAGUACCCAUCUGUACCUACAGUUAGUGUUCUGGCGCAUAAGAAGGUCUCUCUGCCCUACCCUGUGCCUGUGUCUUCUACCCCAUAUGCAACUGCUUUCACGACGCCGAGCUUCUCACCGGUGCCACUAAUCAGCCCUGCAAAGGGACCUAACUCCCCAUUCAUCCACAACAAGGCCCCAUCUCGAGGAUUUGGUGUGAAGAAGGUUUUGACAGAUUAUCUUGGUGUCGAUGCCAAGGGCAAGAACAACAAUGUAGAUGUUCCAAACACCACCAGCAGCAAAAAUGAAAAUGUGGGAAGCCGGAAGGAAACAGUUGGUCCAACAUCUCGUGACUGAACUACAAUUCCUUGUUUUUCUGUUUGGUGGCCAUGAAUUUGAGAUCUCAAGAGUUUUGCUGGGAGCCCGCGAAUUCAUGGUAUGAAAGGGUUGCUUUUUGGUGUUCAGGCCUUUGCUGGCUGCCAUGACAGCAACUACUGUGUACAUAGGCUGAGUUGUCUCCCUUAAUUUUUAAUCAAAUAGAUGAGAGUUUACUUA